GAACGAAUUACAGAACUUAAUAUGUUGCUACUUUACGCAUCGGUACUGUUAGUGAGUGUACAUACUGUACAUUCAUCUUCAUGUACUGCCUUCUCUGUAUCAGAAUGUACGGGUGAUGGUAAUGCCAUCUAUCUUGAGUUAAACACAAGCAGAGACAAAUGUCAACAAUAUUGUGCUAUUGAGGAUCAGUGCAAAUUCUACAGAUAUUCUGAUAAACCAGUUCAGGGUGUUAACUGUUUACUUUACCAGGAACCUUUUAGAACUUACGUCGGACAUUGUAACGUCAGAUCCGGGCCAAAAGAAAAGGCUCCAAACUGUUUAGAACCGACUGAAGAUUCCUGUGAUGUGGUUCAAGGGGGUAAAUGUAUUUAUACUGGAGUUACAGUAGAAUCAUUCGAUUCUCUUCAGAUGGAGGAAUGUAUGGCAUUAUGUGCCAUUAAUCCCAAUUGCAAACUUUGGAUCCAUGAAAAAGAGUCUACGGAAUGCCAACUUUUGGACUCUUCUGAAAUCAUAUGUUUGGAAACAUUUGGUCCGCGAAGUUUCACCCCCACCGAAUGUGGAGAAGGCUCAGAACCAAGCACUACUGAAAAUCCAGAUCAAUCAACUCCAAAG